CACUUUUUGAUCUUCUCCGGAAGCCGCCCAGCACAUGUUACUUCUUUGGGACGUGCUUAUGUCAGCAACACGGUUCACGCGUCGCGUCGUGGAUUCCUGAUUCCACGGAAGUGCUUGAUGAGAGCACCGAGAGCGUGAUCAGUGUCAACUCGACCACUCUGCCCUCGAGAGCCCCUCAUCCGGACGGCGCAAUCAUGACCGACACUACGGCCGAGCUUAAUGAGCUCUUCGUGGCAACCUUUCCCAAUGGCCUUCCCAAAGAUAUCCUCGGCGAGCUCCAAUCCAUUCUGCGGAUUCAUUUGAUUACUGCGGAAGAGCUGUUCUACAAAUGGGAAUCAUACAGCAUCAAGAUGGGUGAUGAGGUGAAAUUGAGUAUGGAGACUGUCCGACGCUUCAAGCAAGACGUCCAGGAAGCCCUUGAGCGCGAAAGUCGCGGCAAAGUUGGCCGGCAAACAGAGAAGAGACCAACGGUCACGGCGACCCCGCGCUCGGCGGCAGGGACCGAUGUAUUUGGAAUGUUGGACGAGUUGACACCAAACACUGCGAAUGCUCGGACGAUCAAUGGAAAUGGUUCAGUGAAGCGCAAAGCCGAGUUUACCUCUCCCGCCACGCCGAAGGUUGGAAGGCUCGAGAAAACUGGUACACCAGCUGGUGCAAAGACACCUGGUACUGUGGCAAACGGCCCAGCGGUAUCAUUCGCCGAGCGUCCCAACCCUGGCCAGACACUAGAAACACUAAAUGCACACCUCUCGCUGCCAGAGACUCCAAUGGCACCCUUCCCGGAAGCGCGCAUUCGACCGACGGCAAACACAGAUCUUAAGAAGUUUGGAUACAAGCCAAUGGGGAUGCGAUUGUCCGAAGCCUCUGAGAUUCUAGACGACCGAAUCGACGAGUUUGCUGCUAUUUUCCAGAAGCACUACGAUUCCGACGACCUGACCUUCGGCAGCGCUGCUACUCAAAGUACAAGCGAGAUUAUUGCAGUUGGCCGGAUCGCCUCUGACUCUCUGGAAGGGAAGCUCAACCCAGCCUCUUUGGUCUUGGAGACAUCGCGCCGUACUGGUGCUGGAAGACGAGUUCCUCUCAAGGUAGACUCGGUCCCCUCAUUGAGCUUCUUCCCUGGCCAGAUUGUUGCUCUUCGAGGAAUCAAUCCCUCUGGGGACUAUUUCACAGUGAAGGAGAUCCUUCCCAUUCCCCUCUUGCCUCCUGCCGCGUCUUCGGCGGUGACGCUGGAUAAUAUUAAUGAACGGUUAGAGAGUGGUAGCAAUUCACCGCUAAAUGUCAUGGUAGCGGCAGGUCCGUACACGGCACAUGACAAUUUGGACUUUGAACCUUUGCAGGAGCUGUGCCAGAAGGCAGCAGACAACUAUGCAGAUGCUGUGGUCUUGCUGGGUCCCUUCUUGGAUAUCGAACACCCGCUGCUCGCUUCGGGCGACUUUGACCUGCCCGAAAUUAAGGGAGUUGACCCAGACACGAUGACAAUGGCCACUGUUUUCCACCACUGUAUCUCGGCGCCUCUCUCACGCCUCGCACAGGCUGUACCCAGUAUCACAAUCGUGGUUAUUCCAUCCGUGCGUGAUAUCAUUAGUCGUCACGUCUCUUGGCCACAGGAACAGCUGCUCAAAAAGGAUCUGGGUCUACCGAAGCAAGUCCGCAUGGUGUCCAACCCAGUGACAUUGUCCUUCAACGAAGUCGUCAUGGGCAUGUGCUCCCACGAUGUUCUCUCCGAACUUCGUCGUGAAGAAGUUUUGCACGGUCGACCCGCGGAGGGUAAUCUGCUCACCCGUUUGCCUAAAUACCUUGUCGAGCAGCGCCACUUCUUCCCUCUCUUCCCUCCAACUGCCCGCGCCAAUCUUCCCAAACCUGGAUCCGAUACUGGCCUGGCCACUGGCGCAAUGUUGGACCUGCCCUACAUGAAACUCGGCGAGUGGUGGAAUGUUCGACCCGAUAUUCUGAUCGUGCCCAGUAUGCUGCCGCCCUUUGUCAAGGUUGUCGAAAGUGUGCUCGUUAUCAACCCCGGCACCCUUUCGAAGCGCCGCGCCGCCGGUUCCUAUGCACAGAUGGCAAUCCAUCCGCGAAAUGUGACAGAUGAAGAGCGCGAGUCCAAGCAACUCGACCAUAAGCUGUACGAACGGUCUCGUGUCGAUAUCAACCGAAUCUAGCGAAUCAGUAACAAUGUUUUAUAUAAUCAUCCGGCAUUCUCACUUGGCGUUAGAGGCGCAAAGUGAACUGCAGCAGCAUCGAGUCCCAGCCCACCGGGCUCCAAUUGGACUUGAAGGACAAAUUCAACGAAAUGGAUCAAUGAAAACGAUAUCUCUUGAUGAACUAUUCCCUUCCAAUAAGUAUUAUACACCAGUUAAACGCACCCCGCCAUAAAUCCAAUGCUCCAAAAAUGCACCACGUUGCUCCCGAGGUCCCAGUAAAAAGGUCAAUCCCAACUCCCGACUCUCUCAAUCAACGCAAAGUGAUAACCCGUCGCCCACCCAUCUUCCUCCCAGCACUCCUUACCCGAACCGCCGCCGACGCAGCAGACGCCGCACCACCGCCACUACCACGCAACGUCGCACCAAGUCCCAAACCCACACCCCCAGAGGCACCAGCACCAGCAGCACCACCAUUUCCAGCCCCCGCGCCACCACCACUACCACCAUGUCCCUGACCAUUCACCAGCGCCUCAAGACCCAAAUCCCUCCACACAGCUUCCUGCCUGCGCUCCAUGGCCCGCGUGAUUCCGAACACGGCAUGUUGAUGCGGGACGACAUCAUCUUCGUCUUCCGGGUUUGGGGGCUGGUAUUGCCGUUGGAGGUAGAUGUCUUCGAUGGGGAGGAAGGAGGGGAUAUUGGAGGGGGAGGAGGAGCCGUAUGCGGGGUUGGUUGAUUGGUGGGUGCCUGCGGAUUGGGAGAUAUGGUGUUGGGAGUCGGAUGAUAUGCCUGCGGUGGACAUGUGUGGUUUUGUGAAUUCUUCGAAGAGGUCGGCAAGUCGGGGUUGGUGCAUGUGCAGGUGGGUUGCGGAGGAAUCCUUGCUCUGAGGGUGAUGUUAGUCGAGAGUCGGAGGCUAGGAUAUCGGGGUAUCAAGGGUCAAUGGGUACCAUUUUUGUUUGCAGUUGAGUAUACAGAAGUAGAACUUUUG